CCUCCGCCGGCCCCGAAUUGCCAAUUCGGGAGGCGGCGCCUUGUGGCAGCGGCAGGAGGGACCUUCCCUGGAGUUGUGCAAGCGGCUGUGAGCAGCGCCAGGAGGCCAAGCAGGUUUUGUGAGUGCACCCCACACAGGGGAGCUGGCAGUUGAGUUGUGUAAGCAGUAUCUGCAGAAAGACAGAGGAGAGAAGGAAAAGGCAGAAAGAAGUAGUGAAUUCUUUGCAAAGCUGAGGCGUCGUCCUAAAUGCUGCUACCUGCAUCCUCUGGUGUUCUUUUUGCGCAGACCCAGGUGAAGGACUUUACUCCCCCUCCCCAGAACAAUCCAGGCAACAGGAAGACCAACUGAGGAAGUGAAGAGCACAGAGAGCCAUUGAUACAUGUCUGCUUGAGGAGGCAACUGGCAAAUUAAACUGAAAAGAAGUUGUCUUAUUGGUUGACGUUACAAGUUUUACCAUGUUUGGGACUGUGGUCGUUGGGAUUGGGAUUGCAGGAUCUGUGCGGAUCAGGGACUUGCUGAAUCCUUUGCCUUCCAGUCCUGCUGAGCAUCUCAGACUGUUGGGCUUUGUGUCUAGGAGACCUCUAGGUGAUGUUCAGAAAGUCAAGCAGAUAAGUCUACAAGAAGCUGUGGACAGCAAGGAGGUCGCUGCUGCCAUCGUCUGUACAGAUAACCAGAACCACAGUGAGACUGUCAGGACGUUCCUGGAGGCUGGGAAACAUGUCCUUGUUGAGUACCCUUUGGCGCUGUCUGCAAAGGAGGCACAUGAGCUGUGGGAGUUGGCAGAGCAGAAAGGCAAAAUCCUCCACGUGGAACAUAUUGAACUCCUGACUGAGGAGUACAAGCAGCUGAAGAAAGAGGUGGCAGGGAAGGAGCUUGUGAAGGGAACCUUGCACUUCACAGGUGGUGCAUUGGAUGAAGAACGCUCAGGGUUCCCAGCUUUUAGUGGGAUUGCUCGCCUGACUUGGCUAGUUGAUCUUUUUGGGGACCUCACUGUUGUCUCUGCCACGAGGGAAGAGCAGAAAGAGAGAAAUUACUCCAGAAUGACUGCACAGUUUCAGACUGCAAAAAAUAGGCCCCUGACUUGGAUUGAAGAAAGGGCACCCGGAAUGAAGCGGGACAAGGCCAUCAACUUCUGCUUCACCAGCGAGUGCUUGGAGAGUCUUCCCGAGGCCCCCCGCUCACAAGUUGGCAUCUUCAUGCAAGACCUGAUCCUCUUUGCCAAAAAGCUUUUGGGCCAGGCCUCCCAAGAGGAAGUGCUGGCCGAGAAGAGGCGGGUUCUGCUGUGUCUCAACCUGGCCGAAGAGAUUCAAAGGCUGUGUGAGCGGCCAGCGAACAUCUACUCUUGAAACUGCUUGGGAGUCGGGGGCUGGGCUGCUUAGAACUGCUGCUGCUGCUGCUCCUCCUCCGGAAAUGCUUCUUUCUUCCAUUCCCUUCUAACUUGCCAGACACUCCAUUGUGACCAGUAAGACUUUUCUAACAAUUUUGGGCCAGUCCAGGUUUCCCAUGUCCUUUACAGGUUUAAUUUAACCUGGCAAAAGUGAAUAGUGUACCACUUUUGGCUUGCCUUAGUGAAGGAGUUGGCAAAAUGUAGCCUUCCAGCCCUUCAGACCUUCUUUUCCUUCCCCAGGACAUCCCUUCUCCCUGGCCAUGUUCCUUCACCCCAGACCACCCCCCUGACUGGCCUGGCUUUGUGCCCUCCAUGAGUGCUUUUGCCUGGGUAGAAUGUGCCCUUGAAGCCUGGUAAUACUUCUUGCUUUGCUUGGGUGGAAGACAAGAGGCGUAUGCACAUGUGUUGCCUACUGUUCAGAGGUAAAAUACAUUUAUUUGCUUCCUCUACCUUUGGCCUUGCCCACCACUCGCAUGGGUCUCUUCUCUGAAAGCACCUUCUGACAACAGAACUACAGAUACGGAAAAUGACAGCCCUAUGUUGCCUUUUCCUGCCCCAGUCUACACAAUGUUUACUUGGACUUCAUUUGUGUUGUGUCUUCAGCCCACCUGUCUCUUUGGCUGUUGCUGGGAGGGCUGAGGGAAAGAGCCUCAAAAAUCUUGCUCUGCGUUACUGGAAGCAAGAGAACUUUCUAUUUGGCUGCUAUUUUCUGUAUCAUGUUUAGUUCUCACCCAUAUUAACUAGCUGACAGACAGGUAUAUGAGCUGCAGAACUACUUCCAUGAACUUAUGGCUCAGUUCUAACAUGGCUGGAGUUAAAAAUCUGCUCUCCAAGUGGGUUUUACACUUAAUUGCCUUAUGCUGAAUUGGAACUUGAGAUUUCAGACCUCAUGCUUUGAUCCAGCUCCUUUCUGAGACUGAUUCCAUCUUAACCUGCCAUCAAGCAAGUGGGUCUACUCCAUUUUUGUGAGGAGAGUGCCUCCACAUGCUGGUAGUGAUCAUAGCAGGUGACCUGCCUGUUCUCAGGCUCUUCUUCUAAUAGAAAUACCAGUUGUCACCAUGUAGAGGCACAUUUGUAAGAAUCACCACACAAAGUCGGUCAAGUUAGCCUUGCGAUGCUUCUGCUACAUCUUGUAUUUGGAGUGGCCCUUGGUCAUUUUCCUGUCCCUAGAAACGCACAAUAAACUCUGCUAAUAUUCAGUUUGAAUUUGAAUAUAUGCGGGGGGGGGGGGAGUCUGAGAAGAA